UAGCUUCCAAAAAUGGACAUUGCUUCAUUACAGUAUCAGCAAGUUUUUUGUAAUUAAAUUAAACAAUUAAAUAACAUAGUCUAAACUUGCGUGUUCUAUUCUAGUAGUCAAGUAACUAUGCGCUGAUAAAUUUAUUAUUAUAGUGACUUUCGGGUUUCUUCGUUGACAUGGGUCUAUUGCUGCCGACGGCACUAAAUCGCUCGAAGCGCCGUCUCCCACCGCGGCUUUUUCACAACCCUGCAGUCUGCACUCGCCUAUACCUUACUUCUAUCAACUCUAUGUGUGUAUAUGAAAGUAUGUUAUUGUAGAUAAGUGUGGCGUGUCAGAAUUGGACGUAUAGUUUUUAUCUUUUUAAGUCACGUCAGCAGAAAAAUCGGAAUCGUCAAAUUAGCAAGACCGUAGAUGACCGCGCUUCAUCUACAAAAUAAAAUUUUAAAAAGCAUAUCCAAUUAUUUGUAUUGUAUAUUAGUCAAAGAAGAGUACGUGACUAGUUUGAGUUGCACCAGAUUCGUGAACGUAUUGUUUAUGAACGUGUGGAAGCAGAAAACCAAGUCUCCUCACAGCUGUAAUUAAAAAACUCAAACAUGAAAGCUGUUAUUCUGAUCGGUGGUCCCUCGAAAGGUACUCGAUUUCGGCCGCUGUCUCUAGACAUUCCAAAACCACUUUUUCCUAUUGCUGGUCUGCCUAUGAUUCAGCAUCAUGUGGAAGCUUGUAAAAAAAUACCCAAUCUAAGUGAAAUCUUAAUUAUUGGCUCAUACAAUUCAGCUGAAAUCCACCCAUUCGCUGAUGAAAUGUCAAAACAAAAUUGUGUACAAAUUAGAUAUCUGCAAGAAUUCACACCCCUUGGUACAGCUGGAGCAAUGUAUCAUUUUAGAGAUCAAAUAAAGGCUGGUGGUGAGGAUAGCUUUUUUGUAUUCAAUGGUGAUGUUUGCUCUGAUUUCCCUCUGCGAGAGCUGCUGCGUUAUCACAAAAGUAAAAAAUCACAACUUACAAUCAUGGCUACAGAAGCUACCAGACAGCAGUCAUUGAACUAUGGCUGUCUAAUUUUGAGUGAAGAAGGAAGUGUUGAGCAUUAUGUAGAAAAACCAUCAACAUUUGUAUCAACGCUCAUCAGUUGUGGUGCUUACAUUGCAACGAAUGAUAUAUUUCAGACAAUGGCUGAUGUGUUCUAUUCUGAUAAAAGUCAAGGAAAAGAGUCCUUCAGCAAUGGUUGUCAUAAAGAAGCAGGCAAUAUAUCUUUAGAACAAGACAUCAUGCCCAAACUUAUUACUGCCAAUAAAUUGUUUGCCAUGCCAAUCAAGAACUGGUGGUCUCAGGUAAAAACAGCUGGCUCUGCGAUCUACGUGAAUCGUCAUUACUUAGCGCUGUACAAAGAAAAUAAUCCUGAAAGAUUGGCAUCCACAAAAACAAAUAAAUGCAACAUUAUCGACGAUGUGUUCAUUCAUCCGACUGCUUCAGUCGAUCCAACUGCCGUGCUUGGUCCCAAUGUAAGUAUCGGAGCAGACGCGAAAAUCGGGCCAGGUGUGCGGAUUCGCGAGAGUAUAGUCUUAGAAAGCGCGCACAUUGAGGCGCACUCGUGCAUCCUCUACAGUAUCAUCGGUCGUGAGAGCCGAAUCGGUGAAUGGGCCAGGGUCGAAGGUACUCCUUGCGAUCCCAAUCCCGAUCGUCCGUUUGCUAAAAUGGAGAACAGACCUCUGUUCAACAAUUACGGACAGCUAAAUUCAUCGGCAACUAUAAUCGGAAGCAAAGUUACACUGGCUCCCGAGAGGAUACUCCUAAAUUCGAUCAUUCUUCCGCACAAAGAAUUAAAUAGAGAUUUCAAGAAUGAAAUUGUUCUGUAAGCCUUUGAAAAGUCUGACGACUCUCAUCUUUAUAUUUAGCAUUAUUGCUCGUCACUGCUUGUAAAUAUCGGUGGCGACCUUUUUACGUGUAUUAUUCAUCAGUAUGCUGUAUCUGAGUGUCUAUUCUAAGACAAGGGAAAAAAAUUUAUCUAUAACAAUGAGACGCCUUGUGACAAGAUAACAGCUGAUAAUCGCACAAACACUUUUUUACAGUUGCUAUAUCCAUUAUUAAGUGCUUAGUAGGAGCAAAAGGUUGGUCUUAGCGAUACAAAAAGAAACGUUUACUUGUAAUUUAGAGCUUUGUAAGAAUAUUGAAUAAUUUUUAUCAAUUAUACAAAAUAUUUUGUUUUUUCUAUCAAAGUAUUAGUAGGCGAAUUCAUUAUCGAAAUGAGACGGCACAGACCAAAAAUGUCAAUUGUAAAUUGACGAAACUCGUCUCUGUGAACAGCGCGACUCGUUUUUUUGAUUUUGUAAUUUGAAAAAUGCAUAUUAUUAUUACAUUUUGUAAGGAGAAUUUUACGAUCAUUGCUGCAACACGGGCACAUUAUUUUAUUACGAAAAAACGAAUGAAUUUGAUAAAUGAAUUUUAAGCAUGUACAAAAAAAAUCUCGUGUAAGGGCAAUUAGUGCAAUAAAGAUUUUGUGUACGCGCAACUAUAUAUCUAUUAUAACGUUGGACUGAUGUGAUUUUUAGAAUAAAAAAAUCAACGAUUAUAACGUUGCUUUUGUACGUUCAAAUUGGAA